GGGCGCGCGAGCCUUAUUUCAGUCAGGUGCCUGGCGCCAAACGCGACGCACCACUGUUCUCGGCUGCCUACCUGGAAAGCCUCCCAGUCCCGCGACGAUUUGAAUCGCGUAUACAACUAAUGAAGCUCAAAAUCAAAGCACUUUAAAAUGAUUUCAUUUUAUUCGUGUGCUAAUAGACAAUUAUUUGUUUGAGUACUUACUACUACAGUUAGAAAAAACUAAUACAAAGUGUGUCGUAGCAGUGAGUGAGUUAGAAGUUCGUAGCUUCGUAGAAUUCCCGUACAAGAAUGUCGCGACACGUGCUACUAUCACGGCUGGCCGAACAGUUCUGGCCGUCGGCUCCUGUACCGGGACAUCGGUUUCCAUCGCCCGAACGUAGCGUGUCCCCAACGUCAAUUUCGUCGCCACAUUCGCCUCCCCGAACACCGGACUCGCCUUCAGAACAUCAUUUGGAAACAGCGCCUUUAGGGGACUUCGAACUGGCUGGAAGAGCUCUUAAACACUACGCUCGUGCUACAGAGCUUGGAGCUUUAAUGUACUGUAGCAGUCUCGGGGCACUGUAUGGUGGUGCGGGAGUUUGGCCUCUGCUGUUGCCCCGCACCCCAACAGACUUCGCCUGCACACCUACGGGCCAGAUUAAAAACAGUCCUACAAGAGAAGAUGGCGAAGAGGAGCUACCUUUAAAUCUGUCAAUGAAAAAUCGUCAGAUUUGGUCGCCGGGCAGUGUAUGCGAACGCGAACAAGACGAUAUUACUCUGCCUAUCUGUAAAUGGAGCAGACGUGACGACGAAGAAGCCCCUUUAGAGUUAGUGAAAAGGUGCCGCAGUAGUCCUGAGAGCACGGAGCGCCCUACCAGUACGGAACCACGCCGAUGUCCUUCAGCACCAGCACACCAGAGCUACCAGUUACCAUUACCGCCACCGGCAGACCUUAAUUAUUCGUUGCUCCUUAAAAACGAAAAUAAAAAUGAGAAAACAUUCCAGUGCAAACAAUGCGGGAAAUGCUUUAAGCGAUCGAGCACCCUGUCCACCCAUCUACUGAUACACUCUGACACGAGACCCUACCCCUGCCAGUACUGUGGGAAACGCUUCCACCAGAAAUCGGAUAUGAAGAAACACACUUACAUACAUACAGGUGAGAAGCCACACAAAUGCGUGGUGUGUUCGAAAGCUUUUAGCCAGAGCUCGAACCUAAUCACACACAUGAGGAAACACACCGGCUAUAAGCCCUUCUCGUGUGGACUCUGCGAGAAAGCAUUCCAACGUAAGGUGGACCUACGCCGCCACCGUGACUCACAGCAUUCGGAGAUGAACGAAGCUUCCACCGUUACCUUGCAAGUACCUCACCGUUACAGAUACUAUGGAGAUGAGGCCUCACCACCCCUAACACAGCUUAUCACUAAUUGAUUUCUUGGAUAUAAAAAAAGCAUGCUUUUUUUAUUUUUUUGUAGUGUUCGCUAAUAUAUUUUGCACUUGUAUUCGUUUGUGUAUUGUGCCCACAACUAUUUUACUUCAUAAAUUAUUUUAAAUAUCAGAAUAGGUAUCCAAAGAAAAAAAUUAUAAAAUUAGCAU